UCUCAUCAGCCAAUUGAACACCAUCAAAGGUAGUGAUAAUUAAUAGAAGAGAAUACUAAAAACAUGAGAGGAAAUUCAAUUUUGUUGAUACUAAUAUUUUACUCUCUCUUCAUUUAUCUUGGAGAAUCAAGUGAAUCAAAGAAUGAUGAUCAAGUUUAUAUUGUUUACAUGGGAGCUGCAGGUUCAACUAAUGGAACCCUUCGCAAAGAUCAUGCCCAUCUUUUGAACACUCUAUUAACAAGGAAUGGGAAUGCUUUAGUACACAACUACAGACAUGGAUUCUCGGGCUUCGCAGCUCGUUUGUCAAAAAAUGAAGCAAACUGGAUUGCUCAACAACCUGGAGUCGUGUCUGUGUUUCCGGAUCAAAUUAUGAAGCUUCACACAACACGCUCUUGGGAUUUUCUCAAAUCACUAACUCCCAUUCAAAUUGAGAACAACCUCUCCAAUUCUUCCCCCUCAUCAGACAUCGUAAUUGGCGUGUUAGACUCAGGAAUAUGGCCAGAAUCAGCAAGUUUUUCAGACGAGGGAAUGAGUCCUAUUCCAUCUGGUUGGAAAGGAAUUUGUAUGACAUCAACUGACUUCAACUCAUCCAACUGUAACAGGAAGAUAAUAGGAGCAAGGUAUUAUCCUAACAUUGAUGAGGAUGAAGGUGCGGAGAACACUGUCAGAGAUACAGAUGGACAUGGGACUCACACUGCUUCAACAGCAGCAGGGAACACCGUGACUGGUGCAUCAUACUACGGUCUUGCGAAAGGGACGGCAAAAGGUGGAUUUCCUAAAUCAAGGUUGGCAAUUUACAAAGUAUGUUUUGAUGGAUGUUAUGGCUCUGCCAUCCUUGCGGCAUUUGACGAUGCUAUUAAUGAUGGAGUUCAUGUACUUUCUCUUUCACUCGGUCCCCAAUCGAGGCUUGCGUUGACAAACAACGCGAUUGCAAUCGGAGCAUUCCAUGCAGCGGAGCGCGGCAUUAUGGUGGUUUGCUCCGCUGGUAAUGGUGGACCGGAAGAUUCUACGGUUGUUAAUGACGCACCUUGGAUAUUUACUGUUGGAGCCACAACCAUCGAUCGUGAUUUUCUGUCCAAUGUUGUCUUGGGUAAUGACGAAGUUAUUAAGGGUCGAGCUAUAAAUUUCUCUCCUCUUUCCAAAUCCGCCAAAUAUCCAUUGAUAACUGGAGAAGCUGCGAAGGCAACUACCGCAGACUUAGCAGAAGCAAGGCAGUGUCACUUUAAUUCAUUAGAUAGAGAUAAAGUCAAUGGAAAGAUUGUCCUCUGCCGUGGUACAACAACUGAUCAUCUUGUAACCGGUGACAAAAUUGAUGCAGUAAAAGAGGUGGGUGGAUUAGGUCUUAUUCAUAUAACUGACAACGAAGGAGCAGUGGCUGAUAACUAUAAAGACUUUCCAGCAACAGUGGUAAGACCGAUAAAUGCUUCUGCAUUACUCCAGUAUGUCAAUUCAACAAGCAAUCCAGUGGCAACAAUUCUACCAACAAUUAUGGUCAUGGAUUAUAAGCCCGCACCUGUGGUGGCAAUUUUUUCUAGUAGAGGACCUUCUCCACUUUCAAAGAAUAUUAUAAAGCCUGAUAUUGCAGCACCAGGUGUUAACAUUCUUGCCGCGUGGUUUGGAAAUGACGCAAAAUAUACUCCAAAAGGGAAAAAACCUCCGCUAUAUAACCUUGUAUCAGGGACUUCCAUGUCAUGUCCACAUGUUUCAGGCCUUGCAGGAAGCAUUAAAUCUAAAAAUCCUACUUGGAGUGCCUCUGCAAUCAGAUCAGCCAUCAUGACCUCUGCAACUCAAUUUAACAAUAUGAAGACUCUCAUUACAACAGAUUUAGGAUCGGUUUCCACACCUUAUGACUAUGGUGCUGGAGAAAUUACACUUAAUAGAUCAUUCCAUCCAGGGCUAGUUUAUGAAACCAGCACCAUUGACUACUUAAACUAUUUGUGUCACAUGGGAUACAAUACAACCACAAUUAAAGUUAUCGCAAGAACCAUCCCUGAUAGUUUUAGUUGCCCUAAGGAUUCGAAUCCUGAUCAUAUUUCCAACAUCAACUAUCCUUCCAUAGCAAUCUCCAACUUCAUUGGAAAAGAAAGCGUGAAUGUGAGUAGAACUGUUACUAAUGUCGGUGAAAAAUAUGAAACAGUCUACUCCGCCAUCAUUGAUGCUCCUAGUGAGGUGAAAGUCCAAUUAAUUCCAGAAAAACUCAAUUUUACCAAAAAUAGCAAGAAACUAAGCUACCAAGUUAUUUUCUCCUCCACUCUAACUUCAUUGAAGGGUGAUCUGUUUGGAUCCAUUACCUGGGACGAUGGUAACUACAAGGUUCGAAGUCCUUUUGUAUUAGCAGUCUAGUUAAAAGAAAAUAAAUGAUGAAUAAAUACAAGUUGGGUUAUCGUAGAUGCCAACUCUUGUGGUGCUUAUGUUAUAUGUACAAUUAAUUUAAAACUAUUUAUUAUAAUUUUAAACAAAAGAAA